AUGAUGCAACCCCCACUGGUGCCACAGAACGGCUUGUGCCACUACAACCAGUCUGAGAUGCUGGCCAAGAUCACGGGCUACGUCAACGUCACCUCGGGCAACAUCACAGCUGUCAAAACCGCCAUCUACAAGCAUGGCCCCGUGGCUGUCAGCAUCGAUGCCUCGCACAAGACCUUCUCCUUCUAUUCCAAUGGGAUCUACUAUGAGCCCAAGUGCGCAAACAAGCCAGGACAGCUGGACCACGCAGUGCUGGCUGUGGGCUAUGGCGUGCUGCAGGGAGAGACCUACUGGCUCAUCAAGAACUCCUGGUCCACCUACUGGGGCAACGAUGGCUACAUCCUCAUGGCCAUGAAGGACAACAACUGCGGUGUGGCCACCGAGGCCACCUACCCCAUCCUGGCCUAAAACACCUCUCUGAGGGCAGAGCCUUUGGUGGUGCUCCCAGCACACAUCCGUGGAUUGGAACCUUCAGACCUCGUGGUGGAGGAGGAAGAUGGGGACGUGGUGGGACAGGACAGUGGGGCGCUGGAAAAGCAGCCAUAAGCUUGCCAAUAAAGACCCUGGAAAAACA